UUAACAAAAAAAAAAAAUGAAACCUGUGAUUGUUUCUACCCUUUUCCUCCUCCUCGGCCUCGGCCUGGCCGUGGCCGACGGCGGCGGCGGCGGAUUGAAAGGAAUUCCGGGGAAAUACGGAGGAGGAGAUGAUAGCAAGCCGUCGUUGCCUUUGGACAACCUUUUAUCGUUCAAUUAUUACAGGAAGAGUUGUCCGAAUUUCGAGAAAAUCGUCGAAACUAAAGUGAGGGAAUGGCUCAAGAACGACUAUUCCCUCGGCCCUGGCCUCCUCCGCCUCCUCUUCCACGACUGCGGUGUCACGGGAUGCGACGCGUCGAUCCUUCUCGACUACGACGGAACCGAGAGGAGAUCGCCGGCGAGCCUAACCCUAAAGGGCUUCCAAGUCAUAGACGACAUCAAGUCCGAGCUCGAGACACAAUGCCCGGGAAAAGUCUCCUGCUCCGACAUCCUCACCGCCGCCAGCCGCGACGCCACCGUCGUCCUCGGUGGGCCCUACUGGUCCAACGCCUACGGCCGGAGAGACUCCCUCGUCUCCUACGCCAGGGACGCCGAGGGCGUGCCGAGCGGCCGCCGUGACGUCACCGCCCUGCUCGAGAUCUUCCAGUCGUACGGCCUCAACAUCAUCGACCUGGUCGUCCUGUCCGGGGCCCACACCAUCGGAAAAGCCACGUGCGGAACGAUCCAGUCGAGGCUCUACAACUUCAACGCGACCGGAGCUCCGGACCCGUCGCUGGAUCCGAAAUUCGGAGAUUACCUGCGGCGAAAGUGUCGGUGGGCGUCGGAGUACGUCGAUCUCGAUGCCGUGACGCCCACGCAAUUCGAUAACCAGUUCUACAAGAAUCUUCAGAGCCGCAUGGGGGUAUUGACCACCGAUCAGGAGCUGGUCAAGGACGUGAGGACGGCGCCAUUGGUGAAAGCUCUGGCCGAGCAGCCGUCUCAGAUGUUCAGACAGCAGUUCGCUGUCUCGAUGUUUAAGCUCGUUAAUGUCGGAGUUAUUACCGGCCAAGAUCGUGCCGGAGAGAUCAGGAAGGUCUGCAGCAAGUCUAACUCAAGACCCUACUGAUUUUUUUUUAAAAAUAAAAAAAUGCAAAACUUUAUGUUGAUUUUCAAGAAUUCGAUUCUUGAUUUUCCACAUUCUUUAUUUUCUUCUUUGUGUAUCGUUUUUAAGUCCGAAAUGUUUGAUAUAUAUAUGUCUUCUUUAAACGGAUCGGUUGUGUAUUUAAUUUGUAAUGGAAGAUAUUUUUCUCUAAAUGCGGGCGUUUCGGUAUAACCG